AUGUCUGAUGAAAGUAACCAUUUGGAAAAUAAAGAGCGAAAAAAAUUAAACUUUGACAAUAUGAACGAUCAGGAUUCUAAUCCUUUAGAAGAUAUUAUCAAUUGGGCUGAAAUUGGUAGGUAUAACGAUGAGAAAUCAGAAAUAAGAAAGUUGAUCACAUGGAUCCGUCAAAGUCAAUAUAACGAAAAAGAUUUAACGUUCAUCAUUAAUCGACUAUGGGGUAAAGUUAUAUUAUACGAGCCUAUGAUGGAGUUAGAAGCAAAUGAAAAAGCGGAUGAGCAAUGUGCCAUCAUGACUAUUCGAUUAAUUGCCAACGAUAAUGCAACCCCUAAAAGUAUCCAGGAAAUGGUUGUAGGCUUAUUCUUAGAUCGCAUCCAAAAUGAAGUUAACUUGGAUUUUUGUGGCUUACGUAAUACUAUCGUGGGAUAUCUGGUGCAGAAUUAUGCACAGGUAGGAGAGAUUAUCGAUCAUUGGUAUGAUGAUGACAAAAUAUUUCGAGUAGCGGAUAAAAUACCAUCGGGUGAGCAAAAUCAUUUCCCUACGUUAUAUCUACAAUUAUUAUUGACUGGGAAAACACGCCAAAGUAAAGCUUUAGCGAUCCAAGCAUUACUCUAUAAUAUUAAAUUAAAUAAAUAUAGCUUAGAUGAUAAAGAAGAGAUUAUUACACGAAUUACAAGUAUCCAAACCAUUUGUUGCGCAUCAUCCGAUGAAGGAUAUCCUUACCCUUAUGAUUAUUCCCUUUUUUAUGAUGCAUCGCAAUUAGCUGAAAAUAUCCUAACCGAAACCCCUCAUAAGCGAUUGCAAACCAUUACUGUUGAAUCAUUAAUUCGUAAUGAUAUUCUCUUAGUAAGGGAUAGCGACUUAAAUGCAGUCGAUCAAAGAUUGACAUUGAUAUCAACAUUGCGUCUAUUGACGGUAGCAAAAGCUUUCCAAGAUCAAUUUAACUUAAAAUUUUGCACCACUAAAUUUGAAUUAAUGUUGGAUGUAUUAAAAGAAGAAAAUCGAGCUCGUAUCAUCUUGGAAGCAUGUAAAGCUUUAGUUAAUUUUAUUGAUAAACUAAAUUAUCAACAACAUCCGACACUAUUUCAAGAUUUAAUCGGUGAAUUUUUAGCUUUAUUACAAGGUCGACAUCGUAUGGAUGUUAAAAAAACAAUUAUACAAUCAUUACAAAAUUUAGGCUGGCGUUUUCUCGAUUUACAAGAUACUAUAUUACAACGUUGGGAAAGGAAUAUACGUACAGCCAAUCGUGAAAUUGCCUACGAAUUAAUCGAUGCAAUGAUUUAUUGGGCAAAGGAGAAAAUUAAACAACAGGAUAUCGUCAGUAAAUUAUGGCGAAUUGCUAUCUCAUCAGGUUCAUCAGAUCAACAACAGGCAUUACAAAAUUAUAUUAUCGAAGAAUUAAUUAAUAAAUCGCUAUUAAGAAAUGAUCAUCUUAAAUAUCUCAUUGAAUGUAAUGACAAUUUCUUAUUCCGCCGUAAAGCACUGUAUGAAUUGAAAGAUAAAGCCAUGUUUAGUGAAAAAUUUCGUAUCGAUGUAUCCCAAUUUUUUCUAUCGUUAAUUGUUACUGAGCGAAAGGAUGCCAUGAUUGUCCUCUUAAUUGACGCUAUCAUCGAAGGUGGUAAUUUAAAAGAUGAUUAUGCUGUUCAACAGUUGUUAAAUAUGGCGACACAAUCCAUUGCCAUACCUAAGCAAACCCGUAAUUAUAUCAUGAAUAAUAAGCAUUGGCCAGCGCACAUAAGAUGGAGUAAUAUUUUAAACUGUAGUGAUGAUGCUAUUUUGCAGAGAACCGCUGUUAAUCAAUUGGUAGCUUUAAACUCUUCGAUGCCAGAAGAGAAGCAAUAUAUCGAAAAUUUAUUUUGGGAUCUACUUAUGAAUGUUAAUACUGACCAUGAUAUUAAAAUACACAUCGCUGAAGGAUUGCAACAAAUGGCUCAAUCCACAAUUCGUAAAUUAUCUACUUCAUCGAAUAAAAGCUCUAAUCGGGAUUCGAUUAAAGAUCAUAACGGUUUAAUGGAAAAACGAUUACUUCACUUAAUAUCCACUUAUUUAAAUCAUGACCAACUUGGCAAUACAUUACUACCUUUGAUUAAAACAACAUUUGAUAAAGCGACGAAUGGAAGCCAGAUCUUUCAACAAAGUCACCGGCAGACUUUGGAUGAAAAAGCAAAUCAACGCCUGAAAUUGCUGGAAAGAACAUUAUUUGACAAAUUGAAAGAUAGUCAACUGUAA